AAGAAGCAAAAGUACAUGCAGCUGUAGAAACUCCAAAGUCAAAAGCAGGACUUGAGAAAAAAGAAGGAAAAACAACUAAAGCAGCAGUGCAAGAUAAACCAAAGAUGAAACAAGGAAAUCCUGGGAAAGAUAAAGAAUUGAAAUCUCCAGCUGCCACGAAAAAUAAAGAACUUGCUAAAGUAAAGGAAGGGAAGAAUCCUACAUCUUUAAGAGAAAAAGGUCCUUCUAACGUGACAAAGGAGGCAAGAUUUUCUCCGCCCAGCCUUCAGAAAAGAGCAGAUUCCCUGAAAGUGAAAAAUCUCAAAAAUCCAGAGAGCAUAAGAGAAAAAGAGACUGGAAAAAGAAAAGAUGUGAAGCCUCCAACAGCCUUAAAGGAGAAAGACUCUUCAAAACGAAAAGAAAUUAAGGCUUCAAAUAAUCCUAAGGAAAAAGCUGCAGUGAAAAAGGAGGGGGAGAAGAAAGCUACCUCAGAGAACACGCAUGAACACAAGCAUGAACGUGUUAAACGUGAAAAAGCUGUCUCUCAGAGCAAGCCAGAGGAGAAAAUGAAACAAGAAAAGACAGCUCCCACUGAGAAGUCAGCCCAGGCAAAGCCAGCAAAGCAUGUAGCAAUCAGACAUGAAAAAGAUGUUCCCCUUACAAAACCAGUCAAACCGAAAAACACCGCAAAGCCAACAGCUGAAAUCCCAACAUCAGCCACAAAAAAACCAAACACAAUUAAGGAAAAAGAAGAAUUUUAG